AUGCCAGACCAAACUUCCGGACGUCGAUACUACUUGACCAUCGCAUACCUCCACCCGCCCCACGAGGGCCAGCUUGUCAACUUCCACCUCGACCUCACUGACAGGGGCGGACUCGUAUCUACAACAAGUAGCAAUCUCAAGCACGAGCACGAGCUCAAACAACGGCUGGGCGGCAACAAGCGUCUAUGGAUGCGUAUAUGCCAAGGUCGCUUCCAAGGGGACUAUGAAGACUUUGAGCAUCUGAUGGGUUACAUCUCCCGAGAUGCUAUCACUGACAGGUACUAUCCAAGCUACUAUCACGAAGACGAUACUUUGGACAUUCUCUUGGGCACCAUCGAGGAGAUUGAUCAUCAGUGUGCGGCCAUUCAAGGCUCCAGAUCAAUUGUCAACGGCCCGGAACGUCUUCCCAGCUCGCCAGCCAAGAGCAACAAGACCAUUCCAGAGAAAGCUUUUGAAAGAUCAAACUCGAACAUCAGCAUCCGCGCAGUCGUCGGCCAUGCCCAACCCUCACGAGCACCCGAUCUCAAGGCAAGCCAGUCCCAAGUCGAGGAGUCAAGCCAGCUGGAAUACUACCGCCGCCAAGCCCGGGACCUUCAGCAACAACUCGAAGCGCAAGAAGCCCUCGUCGACGACGUAAUCACCUCUGCCUCGCACCAAAAGUAUCUCUUCAGGAUUCACGUCGCGGGAGUGCACGAUAGGCAGAGUAGUCUGAAAGUACUGGGAGGACUGCCUGAUGAGCUCAAAGUGAGAAUUUGGGCGACGAAGAGCUGGGGUAGUGAUAUGUUGGAUCAGUCAAAGUGGGCGUUGAGAGUAUUGGGGGGUAUGGAUUAUAAGGACUGGAAGGCUAUUGAAGUUGCGAGCGACAGGAGGACGGUCAGCAACAGGCGCGAAGACGUGCCCGAAAUCUAUCUCGUCUUUAGCUCCCGCACCAUCAACAGCUCUGAGCUUCGUCCACAGCAGCCACAGAUCACAGUCAGCCCGGAGCCUGCUCUCUCUAUCGUCGUCGCCCAGACCAACGCACCUCCCGAGCCAGUUAUUUUGGCCCGAGCUCCCACUCAAGCCAUCCCUUACCUUCACGUCUCCGACAUGCCCACCAUCCCGAACCUACCCCCGUCAAGCGCUCUCUCCUCUCCCCCAAGCUACCGCUCCGGAUUAUCUACUCCCGACUCUCAACCAUCCAUGGCCAGCUCCUUCCAAUCCACCGUCGACGGGCAAAGGCUGAGCCCUCCCCACCCAGAGAGAUGUAGGAUCGCUUCGCCUAGCCCAACUCCUUCCAUGUAUCGCGCCGCCGUAGCUGCGGCACACUUCAACCGCCCAGGGUCAAACUCUUCCAGUCUUUCUGCAUCGACUCUUGAAUCUCGCGGUAGACAGCAAGCCCCUACCUCCAGUCCUGCUCACAGUGUACCCUUUUCGCCUCCCGGCGGCUUGAGCAACAGCGUCAGCAGCCUCGCAAGCGACAUCAUCCUCACCCCCCACACUUCUCCUUCCAACAGCGCACCGCCCACCCCUUCUCCUGCUCCUGCCCCGACUCAGGUCUACCAGGGGAGCAACGAAGGCCUUUUGGACAGACUUGACAAGCUGGGACCGAUGAUGGAUGAUGCAAAGCAGGUGGCAGCUUGGAUCAAGACGAGCGAGGCUAUUGUGAACCAUCCUUUUGCGGGAAACAUUCCGCCCGAGAGCUCAGGGGUUAUCCCGCCUGCUGGCCCUCCAGUUGUCCAGAAGCCCAGAGGCCCGAGGGGGUUUUUGAAGAGGAAGCCUUUGCCAACGGCGAUCGGUACCAAGGGAGUAGUCUCGGGUCAAGCCGUCAUCGAGGACGAUUCCCGCCUUGUUCACAGGCCUCCUCAAGGGUAUCCCUCUUCUUCUGGCCGUAGCAUCAAGGUCUGA